AUGGCGAUUUUCGACUCCGAGAAGCGCCCACGGGGCCUGCGCGUUCCAUCGCUCACCGCGAUGAAGUCCAGCGCAGCAGCCAGGUCACAAUUCUCCUUCCACAGCAAGAAAUCCACCGAAUCUGUUCCUUCCGACGAGUCAGCACCCAAGUUAGCUCCUAUUCCUCCAGCUAAGCCGGCGCCUCCGCCAAACAAGGAAUUGCCCUCUCCACCGACGGAAGCCCAAUCCCCGAACAUCAAUCCAUACUUCCCUCCAAUCCCCUCCCACCGCGAUGGUGCCCAGGAGCGGCGCCCAAUUGAGCGAGUCCCAGUGCCAGCCCCAACCUCAGCUCCAAGCCCUAUCAGCCCAAGCCAACCUCGUACAACGGGCAUGCGCUCGCAACCCAAGCCCCAGCCCCAGCCCCAGCAUCAGCCAGAUCUGAACACUGUCCAGCAAGCACAAGCACAAGCACCACCAGUCAUACUGUCACCACCAGACUCCCUCCCAGCACAAGAACAACCCCCUUCCCCAGCUCUGGAAGACUUCAUCCCAACACCAGACAGCACAGAACCACCACUAGAUGGGCAAGCCAUGACAGCACGUGAUUUGGCACCGUCACCAUUCGUCCCGCCGGAGGUUGAGCCCGUUGCGCCAAAGCUGAACAAGACGCACUUCCAAUGCCAUCAGGCACAUCGCAACAUGCCAGUUGCGCAGAACUUGUGGUGUCCGAUGCCAUGCUUUGCGUGCCAAAAGUUUGAUAUUGAGAUUCGACACCGCUGCGUCUUCUGUUGUCUGCGUGUCUGCGAAGGGUGUUAUCAGACGCUGCAGACCUGCAAGAAUCGCUCUUUGGAGGAGUUGCUCGAGCGUGUCUCUUGA